AUGGGCGCUGUUGACUGGUUUCGCGGGAGCUCGGACAGGGUGGACAACGAUAUACAGAACGAAAAUGGACGUAAGAGAUCCCCAAGCCGCUUUAGUCGCCUUCGACUGCACGGCUCGGCCAUGUUGAACGCCAAGGGUCUGGUGCAACGCACAGUGGUGACCAAACUGUACCCGAUCGUGCAGUUCCGCCUUUCGCCGCUUCCUUUCAAGCGUGACAGCGAGUCGCUCACGGCUGAGCAUGCCAAGGACUGCGUCGAGCCGGAGAUCGAGUUGCCUACUGGGCUGGAAGCCAAAUGGCUCACCACGGAGGCCUCCGAGCGCUUCGCCGACCAGGUCAAGUGUAUGGCUGCAGAUGUGAGUAGCACGUUCCAGUUGACCAGCGAAGGCUGCGGUGGAGCGUACUUUUUGACGACGGAAUCGACUAUUUCUCCUAGUAAGAAGAUGAACCCCAUGGGUAUCUUUAAGCCGAGAGACGAAGAGUACAUGGCACCUAAGAACCCACGAGGGUAUGUGAAGGAAAACGCCGUGGUGGGCGUGACCGAGCACCCCGUCAACAAGGGCUUCCGUGUUGGCAACGGCGCGCUCCGUGAACGUGCCGCCUAUUUGCUGGACAACGCCUAUGGCAACUUUAGUGAUGUGCCUGAGACGAAUUUGAUGGUUUUGAAUGUAAAUGGAGAGGACAAGGAAGGCUCAAUGCAACGCUUUGUGGCCUCACAGUGCUCAGCUGAGGACAUGGGUACACUGAAGUUCGCGAUCCCUGAGGUGCACAAGAUCGGUAUUCUGGACGUGCGUCUAUUCAACACGGACCGUCACGCCGGCAACAUCUUGCUGAGUGCGCGGCCGAAUGACCAGACGUUUGCUAUGACCCCGAUCGACCACGGCUUCUGUCUGCCGUCCUACAAGCACCUGGAUGGCGCGACGUUCGACUGGCUGCAGUGGCCGCAGGCCGAGUUCCCGUUCACGUGUGCUGAGCUCGACCACAUCGCGUCGUUGGAUGAGGCGCGCGAUGCGGCUGUGCUGCGUGCUGUUGGGAUUGAAGAGGAGUGUGUGACGACGAUGCGUGUGUGUACAGCGAUGUUGAAGCGUGGAGCGGAGGCUGGAUUCUCACUGUUUGAGAUCGGCAGUCUGCUGCAGCGCGACGGUGACUUCACGUCCCCCUCGCAGCUGGAAUUGGUUGUCGCCAAGGCAGUGGAGAUCGUGGAAGGAACGGGCUUGUCGGAGGAUAAGGACGGUGUUGCCUUCUUUGAUGCCAUCGUGGCCGAGUCCACUGGUCAGGCUGAGAGUAUGUUGGAGGGGCAGACCAAGAAGAAAGUGCGAAGCAUCAGCUGCUUCAGUUAA